AUAAUAUUUAAUGCUCAACAUUUGAAACAAUUGGUGAUUAUUAUUAUUUGUAAAUAAUCGAAUGAAUAUGAAUAUAGUUGGUUUAUUUUUAUGAGGUAUCGGUGUAUUAAUUGAAACAUUGAUCAUGUCUGAUGCCGUAGUCGUAAAGGCUAAAACCGAACGGAAGGUGUUCAGACCGUCGGCCAAAGUGCUGAACAAAAUACCCGAUGAGAUUACCAACGACCCGGAACUAAUCGCCGCUAUAAAAUCGUUACCAUCCAACUAUAACUUUGAACUGCCGAAAACCAUAUGGCGACUACGUCAAAUGCAAGCCAAGCGCGUUGCGUUGCAAAUGCCCGAAGGCCUGACCAUGUUUGCUGUACAGUUGUGCGACAUUAUCGAAAAAUUCACCUGUGCAGACACGGUAAUUAUGGGAGAUGUUACCUACGGUGCAUGUUGUGUUGAUGAUUUCACGGCCAAAGCGCUUGGUGUCGACCUGUUGGUGCAUUAUGGCCACAGUUGUCUCAUUCCUGUUGACCAAACUGAAGGGGUCAAAGUGUUAUAUGUUUUUGUCGACAUCAAAAUCGACGCUAUCCACCUUAUCGAAACUGUGAAAUUGAACUUUACUAAACAACAGAGAUUAUUAUUUGUAAGCACAGUUCAGUUUGUCACCACUUUGCAAGGGUUGAUUAAUAAAUUAAAAACAGACGGUUUUUGCGUAAAAGUUCCUCAAGAAAAACCACUGUCACCCGGAGAAAUUUUGGGAUGUACCUCACCAAAGGUUUCAGACGCUGAUUGCUUGAUUUAUUUAGGUGAUGGUCGUUUCCAUUUAGAAUCCAUUAUGAUAGCUAAUCCUGAACUUGCAGCAUACAGGUAUGACCCUUAUGAAAGAAAAUUGACUAGAGAAUACUAUGAUCAUGAUGUCAUGAAAGAUACGAGGCUGAAAGCAAUUGAACGAGCUAAAGAUGCAAAAACUUUUGGUUUGAUUUUAGGCACUCUAGGCAGACAAGGAAGUACUAAAGUUUUGGAUUAUUUUCAUGAACAAAUGAGAUCACAUUUGAAGAACUCUGUGACUAUUCUCCUAUCAGAAAUAUUUCCACAGAAAUUAUCUUUAUUUGGGGAUACAGUUGAUGCUUGGAUACAGAUUGCAUGUCCGCGGUUGUCUAUUGAUUGGGGCACUGCAUUUGAAAAACCAUUUUUGUCGCCUUACGAGGGUGCUGUAGUUAUGAAUCAAAUUCAAUUCAAUUCUAAAGAAAGUUAUCCAAUGGAUUAUUAUAGUAAUAAUAGUUUAGGUGGCUGGACACCAAAUUAUCGACCAGUCAAUGGUUGUUGUGGGAAAGGAUGUGCAAAUGGUCCAAAGAGUGAUGCACAAAAAAUAGGCUGUUCUAAUAAUCAAUGAUUAAUUUUUUUUUUUUAAUAAACAUUCAUUGCAUCUGUU